UCAGGAAGGGUGAGCAUGCUUGAAACCGGUAGAGUAGACGGAGCCAUAGCUGCAAGAAAGGACAGGCCAGCCAGCAGCAUCUCGGCUGGGCCCCAGCCGGAAAAGGGAAGCUUUGGGCGGCGCGUUGCUCCCUCGCCUCCCCUUCCGCAGGCUGCUCCGCCCCGGGCUGCUGCGGAGCGGGGCCGCGGCGCAGUUUUCAGCAUGGCCGUGGACUGGCUGGGCUUUGGCUACGCCGCCCUGGUGGCAUCGGGAGGGAUCAUUGGCUAUGCCAAAGCAGGUAGUGUGCCAUCGCUAGCUGCUGGCCUUUUCUUUGGGAGUUUGGCUGGACUGGGUGCCUAUCAGCUUUCGCAGAAUCCGAAUAAUAUUUGGAUUUCCCUGAUUACAUCUGGAACACUGACUGCCGUCAUGGGAACAAGAUUUUACAACUCUGGAAAAUUCAUGCCUGCAGGGCUAAUUGCUGGUGUCAGUUUGCUAAUGGUUGGAAGAUUAGCACUGAAGAUGGUGGAAAAGCCCCACGAUAAGUAACUGUUCAUUUUACAGUUUAAUACCUGGAUAAGGAAACCUGAUAAUGAAGUUGCAUGAAUGCAGAAGCAAGAAGGUGGAACAAUAUUCUAUAUCAAGACAAUUUUUUUCCUUUUUUUAUAUGAAGGGGGGUAGAAUGAUGGGACAGACAGUUUACAUACAGGGUGCCAUUUGUUUCAGUGAUCUGGUAGAGGUAUUAUUAUUUCGUGAGAAAUUGGUCCUGGGUUUGAUUUUUGCAGACACAUUUCGGUGUGUUUUAACACUUCCAGUUUUUAUAUUCCAAAAUAUACUGCUGACAUGUAUGAAGCAGACAGGACCUGCAAUUAAGAAAGUAUCCACAAAGAGGCACCAGGAGUAAUUGGCUAAAUACAACAGUGUAUCUCAUACCUUUCAUACUGAUUAUUACAGUAUCCUUUACCUGUUGCACUCUGCGUUGAUGUCUGUAUAACGCCAAACAGAUCUUACCUUUUUAUUGUGAAAUGAUGCUAGAAUGUUGCUUUUCUACAAGUAAAAUCUAUUCCAAAACUUUA